GAAUUUGUCAAUUUAUAACAACAAUAACAAAAUUUUGCAAAAAAAAGUUUCCACAAUAUUCUACAAAAGAGAAUAUAUAAGUUUCCUUAUAAUUGAGAACUUCUGCCAAAAAUCCUUACAAAAUAUCCAUAAAAAAUGCCUAAAAAAAUGGGAAUGAAUUCCAAGGCUGUAGAAGCCCGAGAACGUAAAGCUGCCGUAAAGAAAGCCACACAAGAAAAAGCGACCAAGGAGGCAGAAGAUCGUCUCUGGAAAGAUGAUGACAAAACAUUGGCACGCAAGCAACAGAAACGUGAAGAAGAUGAACGUAAAAAAGCUGAAGCUGCCAAAAGAAAGGCUGAAGCUAAAGCGCUACUCGAUCAGGAAAUGAAUUCUAUAAAAACACAGGGUAAGCAACCGUUGGCAAAGAUUAAUCGUCAACAGAUUUUGGAGGAAAUGGAAAAGAAACAAAGAGCAAUAGAUGCUAUAAAUGCGGCCAACAAACCUCUACCACCUAGAGUAGUAGUACAAAAUGAUUAUAUAGAAGAAAAUCUCAACCGUAGUAUGGCCGAUGUGGAAGUGGCUACUGGUAUUGAACAAGCCAUUGCUGUAUUGAGUGUCAAAGAUGAAGAGGAAGACAAACAUCCCGAGAAACGUAUGCGUGCCGCCUUCAAAGCUUUCGAGUCUGCUAAUCUGCCACGUAUCAAAGCUGAGAAUCCUUCACUUCGCAUGUCUCAAUGGAAACAAAUACUAAUGAAGGAAUGGAAUAAAUCACCCGACAAUCCAUUUAAUCAGGCACGUUGACUUUCCUAAAAUAGUGCCUGCGCUAUACUAUAUUGUUGGUUUAUUUCUCUCCUGCAUCAUUUAUGUCCUCAUUUAUUGGUUAGGUAUACCAGCCAUAAUUCCAUCCUGAAUUUAUUUGUUUGAUUUUAUAGUGUUUGCUUGUUAAUUUUACAUUUUCUUGUACAUUUUCUUUAAUAAUUUUAAAUUUAGUUAAUAUUUACAAAAUAUAUAUUUAUGAACACCA